AUGCAUCACUGGCUUGCUGGAACGUUUUUACCGCAUUCAGCGAACUCUGGAACCCGACCCGUCAGGGACGACCGUUGUGUCUCGUCCGGCCACGUUGUACAACAACGUAAGCAGCCGCAAUUCAUCAUGAUCCACUGCAUUGCGUUGUUCGUUUUUCUUGAUAUUCUGGAAAUUUCCGGAAAAACAUCACGAUUACGUCGCAAUUCGUAUCUACGUCCACCAUAUGUAGAAGAGCAGCAAACCAUGGAAAUUCAGCCAACCUAUGACUGGUCACCUCAAGGCGAAUCGUUCUAUGGACCCAUGAUGUCACCUCCUGUACCACCACCGGUACCCCCACCUCCGACACCACCAAUGGAAUGGCAGCAGUACGGGUACGCAUACCGAUAUCACCACCACCAUCACCACCAUCACUGUGAGACAUGUGCACCAAAACCACCUCCGUACACUCCAAGUGGAUACAGCAGUCCGCCAAGAUACGACUAUCAGCGUCCAUUUCCUGAUUAUGGCAGGCCGCCUUAUGCGAAGGAUAACUACAAGCGUCCUCUUUCUGGCUACAGCAACCCUUAUAGAGGAGGCAAUUAUCAGCCCAGUAUUUCCGGCUAUAGCAGACCACUGAGUGUAGAAUCCGCUCACGGGUCCCACUCCUUUGGAUCGGUUAGAGAGACAAUACCUGCUCCGCCUCCUGAUCCUCCUGUUCCUCCGUUCCCUGGAUCCCAAGUCGUUGACACCGUAGGCGCUCAAAACUCAGCUCUACAAGGAACGUUCGGGAAUAGCGGUCCAGCACCUCCAGCUCCACCUUCGCCUUCUCAAAUUGGCAAUAUCGUCACAGCACCUACUGCACCAGGAUCUCCUCCCGGCCUUCCAAACAAAUUAGUGAAACCUAGAGGCAUGCCAAGCAUGAUCAUAGAUUAG